AUGGAACCACUUUACCAGGCGGGGCCUAUUUUCAUGAAGGUGAACACCUUACAAGGGAAGAAAAUGGUGGAGAGCGGUCUCCAGUCUGGAGACUUCUCGCUGCCCCAGUCGUGGCCCUCCUCCUGCGUCCCACCGUCGCCCGACUUGGAGCUCCUGCAGCAGAAGGUGGCCGCGGUGCAGCGGGAGCUGGAGGACUUCAAGAAGGAGGCGCUGCAGGCCAUCCACUACUUGGAAGACGCCUUCUGCGAGAUGAACGGGGUGCUGGCGCAGCAGGAGGAGCAGGCGGCUCGCGUGAAGCAGCGGCUGCGGGAGGAGGAGGACCGCGGCGUCGUGCGCAACAAGGUCCUCACCUUCCUGCUGCCGCGCGAGAAGCAGCUCCGUCAGCACUGCCAGCGGCUGGAGUACCUGCUCCUGCGCCAGAGCCGCGACUCCCUGGGCGCCCCCAAGAAAAUCCAGGCCAGCUGA